AUGGCACCGAGUGCGACCGCGGAUGAGGAGAGUCCGCACCCUGAGCUUCUGGCGUCUCUGACCGCCAAGUACGACGACUGUCUACGCUUCUUCCUCAACGGCACGCGCGUCACUCUAGAUGAUAUCGACCCGGAAAUCACGGUCCUAGAAUGGCUGCGAGGGAUCGGCCUCACGGGCACUAAAUUAGGAUGCGGUGAGGGAGGCUGUGGUGCCUGUACAAUUGUCGUUAGCCAGUAUAACCCUACAACCAAAAAUAUCUACCACGCAAGCAUCAACGCUUGCCUGGCGCCCUUGGUCAGUCUCGAUGGGAAGCAUGUCAUCACCGUCGAAGGCAUUGGGAGCAGCAAACGCCCCCACGCCAUACAGGAACGUUUUGCAAAGGGCGACUGUUCGCAGUGCGGAUUCUGCACUCCUGGAUUCAUCGCCAGUGCGUACGCCCUGCUGAGGAAUAACGAGGCACCUACGGACGAGGACAUUGAAGAGGCUUUCGACGGUAAUCUCUGUCGCUGUACCGGGUACUUUUCCAUUGGAGAGACUACGCGAACGUUUAGCGUCGACCGAGUAUGUGGAAAGGGCGCCGAUUGCUGCAAAGUAAACGGCUCUAACGGCUCCGGUGGCGAUCAGCCUGUCAAACGAUUCACCCCUCCUGGAUUUAUCGAGUACAAUCCCGAAACAGAACUGAUAUUCCCACCUGCUCUGAAAAAGCAUCAGAUGCGGCCACUGGCUUUUGGUAAUAAGAGGAAGACUUGGUAUCGACCGGUGACUCUGGACCAGCUGCUUCUGAUCAAGAAGGCCUACCCGCAGGCCAAGAUUAUCGGCGGAAGUACCGAAACGCACAUUGAAACAAGAUUCAAGGCCAUCUCUUACCCAGUGUCGGUAUAUGUGGGCGACAUUGCCGAGCUACGGCAGUACUCUUUCAACCAAAACUGCCUCGAGAUAGGCGGGAAUGUGGUGUUGACCGAUCUAGAACGGAUUUGCGAGAUGGCCAUUGAAAAGUACGGACCACAGCGCUCGCAGAUCUUCAAGGCAAUGCUGAAGCAGCUGAAACUAUUCGCUGGCCGGCAAAUUCGCAACGUUGGCUCGCCCGCAGGAAACCUGAACACUGCUUCGCCCAUCUCUGAUCUCAACCCUGUGCUCUGGGCGGCCAACAGUAUCAUCGUUGCCAAGUCAGCAACCCAGGAGACCGAAAUACCCAUGUCGCGGUUUUUCACUGGGUAUCGGAAGACGGCACUACCACAAGACUCGAUCAUCGCCUCCAUAAGAAUUCCAAUCACGGCUGAAAAGGGUGAAUACAUCCGGGCAUAUAAGCAGUCAAAGCGGAAAGACGAUGACAUCGCCAUUGUGACCGGCGCCUUGCAGGUCAAGCUGAGCGACGAGGGUAUCGUCCUUGAUAGUAACUUCAUAUACGGCGGAAUGGCCGCGACGACCGUGGCCGCUAAGAAGGCAAUGGAGUACAUUGUCGGCAAGCGAUUUUCGGAGUUAGAAACUCUGGAGGGGACAAUGAACGCGCUGGAACAUGACUUUGACCUGACCUUCAGUGUGCCUGGAGGCAUGGCAUCGUACCGAAAGGCAUUAGCGUUUGGGUUCUUUUACAGAUUUUACCAUGACGUCCUCGAGAGUAUUGCUGGUCAGAGCGACCAUUUUGACGCACAAGCCAUCAAGGAAGUGGAAAGAGAGAUUUCAUCCGGCCAGGUCGACUCAACAGCUGCAAACGCAUAUAAACUGGAAGUUACCGGACAAUCGAAAACCCACCUUGCGGCGUUGAAACAGACCACCGGCGAAGCGCAGUACACGGACGAUAUCCCGGCUCUGAAGAACGAGCUUCACGCCUGUUACGUCUUGUCCUCGAGACCGCACGCCAAGAUUCUGUCAAUCGACUACACGGAUGCUCUGGACAUGCCCGGUGUGGUUGAUUACGUCGACAAAGAUGACAUGCCUUCCAAGGAGGCCAAUAAAUUCGGGCCACCUAACUUUGACGAGCGCUUCUUUGCCGACGGGGUGGUCAAUACUACCGGACAGCCCAUAGCCUUGAUUUUGGCUACGACCGCUAACCGCGCGCGGGAAGCGGCGAGGGCUGUCAAGGUAGAAUACGAGGACCUGCCGGCGAUUCUCACGAUGGAGGAGGCCAUUGAGCAGGAGAGUUUCCACAACGUUUAUCGGGAGAUCAAAAAUGGCGACAUAGAACAGGGAUUCAAGGACUCCGAUCACGUCUUCACUGGAUCAGUGCGGAUGGGGGGCCAGGAGCAUUUUUACUUUGAGACUAACGCAUCCCUUGUCGUACCAAAGCCGGAGGACGGCGAGAUGGAGAUCUUUGCAAGCACCCAGAACGCCAACGAGACGCAGGUAUUUGCGGCACGUGUGUGCGACGUGCACGCAAACAAGAUCAACGUUCGCGUAAAGAGACUUGGCGGUGGCUUUGGAGGGAAGGAGACAAGGUCCAUCUUGCUUUCGUCUGCUUUAGCCUUGGCAGGAAAAAAGACUGGGAGGCCCGUCCGCUACAUGCUCACUCGAGAGGAGGACAUGAUGCUAAUGGGACAACGCCAUCCAUUCCUUGCCAAGUACAAGGUUGGAGUGAACAAGGAUGGCAAGAUCCAAGCCCUCGAAUGCAACAUCUACAAUAAUGCUGGGCACACCAUUGACUUGUCCCAUGCUGUGUGCGAGAGAGCAAUGACACAUUCAGACGGCUGCUACAAGAUUCCCAAUGUGCUGCUAAAGGGGCGCCUCUGCAAGACGAAUACUAUGUCCAACACGGCAUUCCGAGGAUUUGGUGGCCCGCAAGGAAUGUUCAUUGCUGAGACAUGGAUGGAGGAGGUGGCCGAUCGACUGGGGAUGCCGGUCGAGAGGCUACGUGAGAUCAAUUUCUACAAAGAUGACGAAAGCACUCACUUUAACCAGAAGCUUACGGACUGGUUUGUUCCCUUGAUGUACCAGCAAGUCCAGGAUGAGUCUCGAUAUAGCCAGAGGAGAGAGGCUAUUACCAAGUUUAACGAAUCCAACAAGUGGCGCCAGCGAGGACUUGCCCUGAUACCCACCAAGUUUGGAAUUUCCUUUACUGCUCUGUUCUUGAACCAGGCCGGCGCAUUAGUCCAUAUCUAUCACGAUGGCUCGAUUUUGGUUGCCCAUGGAGGAACCGAGAUGGGACAAGGACUACACACAAAGAUGGUACAGAUUGCUGCUCAAGCAUUGCGAGUACCGAUCGAAACUGUGCACAUCUCAGAGACGGCUACCAACACGGUAGCAAACGCUUCCUCCACUGCCGCCUCGGCCUCCUCGGACCUGAACGGCUAUGCUAUCUAUAAUGCCUGCAAGCAACUAAACGAGAGACUGGCACCGUACAGGGAGAAGCUGGGCCCGGAUGCCACAAUGAAGGAGCUUGCCCACGCCGCCUACUUUGACAGGGUAAACCUCAGUGCCCAGGGCUUCUAUAAAACGCCCGAGAUUGGAUACAACUGGGAUACGAAUGAGGGAAAGAUGUUCUUCUACUUUACCCAGGGUGUUGCCGCGGCCGAGGUCGAAAUAGAUCUCUUGACUGGAACGUGGACGUGCCUUCGUGCAGAUAUCAAGAUGGAUGUUGGCCAGUCCAUCAACCCUACAAUCGACUACGGCCAAAUCCAGGGCGCGUUUGUCCAAGGCAUGGGGCUCUUCACUAUGGAAGAGUCGCUCUGGCUGCGGAACGGUCCCAUGGCCGGCAAUUUGUUCACGCGUGGCCCGGGGGCGUACAAGAUCCCCGGAUACCGUGACAUCCCUCAGGUGUUCAACGUAUCGCUGCUCAAAGAUGUCGAGUGGAAGGAGCUGAGGACUAUCCAGCGCAGCAGGGGCAUUGGCGAGCCACCUCUGUUCAUGGGCAGUGCCGUGUUCUUUGCGAUACGUGAUGCUCUUCGUGCUGCACGCAGCGCAAAUGGGAUCACUGCCAAGGUUGGAGAUUCGGAGGAUGCCGGCGGUUUGUUGAGGCUGGAGAGUCCUGCCACGACGGAACGGAUCAGGCUGGCGUGUGAGGAUGAGAUUAUGAGGCGGGCUAGGGUGGUGCCGAAGAAUGGGGAGAAGAGUUUCUUUGUUUCGAUCUAG